UCCUCUUCUUCUCCUCCUUCUUUCUGCUUCUCCCACUCUUUUUCUCGUUUAAGAGAGCGAGAAAGUAGAGCCAAAAUGCGGAGGUUGAGAGGUCAAUCUUUUUCGUGAUAUUUAGUCCCUUUUCCAUUGAAAUUCUUCUUCUUCUUCUUCUUCGCCGCCAUUUCUUUGGUUUUAAGACGUGACGAGGAGGAGAUUUUUUGGGUCUAUACAGUGGAAGUGCAGCUAGGUGAGGUCUUGAUCAGAGAAACGCAAAGGAUUUUCUUACAUAAAUCAAAUCAAUAUUUUGGAAGCGCUCCAUGGGAAACAAUGAAGAGGGAAAGUCUACCAAGUCUGAAAAGUCGUCUUCACCAGUAACACCGGAUCAAACUAAUCAGACUAAUAUUCACGUCUAUCCUGAUUGGGCAGCCAUGCAGGCAUAUUAUGGUCCCAGAGUCACUCUUCCACCAUAUUACAACUCCACUGUGACCUCAGGUCAUGCUCCUCACCCAUAUAUGUGGGGCCCACCCCAGCCCAUGAUGCCACCUUACGGGGCACCUUAUGCUGCAAUCUACCCACAUGGAGGGGUUUAUGCACAUCCUGCAGUUCCUCUUGGAUCGCAUUCACAUGGUCAAGGGGUUCCAUUGUCGCCUGCUGCAGUAACUCCUUUGAGCAUAGAAACUCCUACAAAGUCGGGAAAUACAGAUCGGGGUUUAAUGAAGAAGUUGAAAGAGUUUGAUGGACUUGCAAUGUCAAUAGGCAAUGGUACUGCUGAGAGUGCUGAUGGUGGGGCUGAACAUAGGCUGUCACAGAGUUCAGAGACUGAUGGUUCCAGCGAUGGAAGUGAUGGGAACACUGCCAGGCCAAAUCAAACCAGAAGGAAAAGAAGCCGCGAUGGAACACCAACUGGCAGUGAAGGCAAGACUGAGAUGCAAGCCAGUCAUACUUCUGCUAAGGAGGUAAGUGUAGCUCCCAACAAGACCUCUGGUGCAACUGUCACUCCUGGUAGUGUUUCUGGAAAUUUGGUUGGAAGUGUUGUUUCUCCGGGCAUGGCCACAGCAUUGGAGCUCAGGAACACUAGUAACAUAAAUACCAAGACAACAACUACAAGUGUCCCACAGUCCUGUUCAGUAUUGCCUUCUGAAGCGUGGAUGCCGAAUGAAAGAGAGCUGAAACGAGAGAGGAGGAAACAGUCUAAUCGUGAAUCAGCUAGAAGGUCCAGGUUGAGGAAGCAGGCUGAGACUGAAGAACUUGCACUUAAAGUCGACUCCUUGACUGCUGAGAAUACAGCAAUAAAAUCUGAAAUAGGUCUAUUGACAGAAAACUCAGAUAAACUGAAGCUAGAAAAUGCUAAAUUAAUGGAGAAACUGAAAAAUGCUCAAUUAGGACAGACAGAAGAGAUCAUUUUGAACCGAAUUGAGGACAAGAGGGCCCUGCCUGUUAGUACAGAGAACCUCCUGUCAAGGGUUAAUAAUUCAGGUGCGGUUGAUCGGAGCACCGAGGAAAAGAGUGACAUGUACGAGAACAGCUCAAACUCUGGUGCCAAGCUCCAUCAACUAUUGGACACAAGUCCAAGGGCAGAUGCCGUGGCUGCUGGCUAACCCAAGGAGCCAGCAUUACUGCAGUUCCUUUUUUUUUUUUUUUUUUCUUAAUCUUAAUCUUAAUCACGUGGUUUUGGCAAUAUUACAAGCCCAGAAUUACUGCUAACUGUGAGCAGAAGAAUGAAACAAACAUCUGAAUAGGAAUGGUACCCUUGAAAACGGAGACUAAUUUUUUACUUGUAAGUUAGCCUUUUCAUGUCAAAACUGAUGUAAUUUUAUCAGAGCAUUCAGAGUGCGUGGAAAGUCACUGAAGGUAAUGUACAUUGAAGUUUAGAAAUAUAGUUGGUGAAAGCAUGCGAACCUUUCAUAUGUAGUAGUUUUGUGCAAUUCUAUUAACUAGUGAUUUAGACCUUU